UACUUGACGCAACGCUCAGUUCGCGUCUUAAAUCCCCUACGUUUCUGUUCCCCCCUCUUUUAACGGGAUCAGUAGACUAGUCGGAGAACAGGGAAUUUAGAUCCUUCAUUUGACAUUUUGGUCUGGAGGCCGAUGCAUUUUCGCCGUGACGUCACUGACCGUACGGAGAUGGUGCUCUCAAGAUGGCAGCAGACAUGCAGAUGUUUUUAUUCCUAUUUAAGUCAAAGUAUCGUCGAAAAUGCGGUUUUCCUUACGAACUGUUGUGUUGUUUUGUAGUAUAUUCGUGCGUAGUUACUGUGCUUUCAAGUACAAAUUGUUCCAGUGUUCAGUGCGUGAAUGGUGAAUGUAUAAAUGGGACAGGUUGCGUUUGUUUUGAUGGUUGGCAAGGACAGUUUUGUCAGUUCUGUGGGGGAAAAGUCAGGCUGUCGGGAGCGUCGGGCACCAUCCACGACGGGCUCGGCAACUACUCGUUCAACGUGAAGUGCAGCUGGCUGGUGGACGGCGGCGGGGCGCCCAACACCACCAUCCGCCUGCACCUGGAGGAGUUCGCCACCGAGUGCGGCUGGGACCACCUCUACAUCUUCGAUGGCGACAGCGUGCACUCGCCCCUGCUGGCCGUCUUCAGCGGCCUCAUGUACAAGGACGGCUACAGCAUACGCAGGAUACCGGAGGUGGUGGCCCGCUCCGGCUCGGCACUGCUUCACUUCUACAGCGACGUCGCCUACAACAUGACGGGGUUCAACAUCUCGUACAGGUUGAACUCCUGCCCGAGCCGGUACUCUCACUCCAACUGCUCGGGCCGGGGCGUGUGCAUCGACGGCGUGUGCACCUGCGACGCCCUGUACCGGGGCGAGGCCUGCGACGUCCCCAUCUGCCCCAACAACUGCAGCGGCGGGAACGGCCAGUGCAACCGUGAGAAGCACCGCUGCGACUGCCGGCAGGGCUUCAAGGGAGACGACUGCAGCCAGCUGGAGGCGGAGGGCUUCUGGGAGGUCGUGCAGCACUCGGACUUCGUGCCCGAGGGGUCGGCCUCCCACGCGGCCGUCGUGUGGAAGGACUCCCUGUACAUAGUGGGCGGCGAGUCCUACCACCGCGCCAAGAUGGUCUACGUGUACGACCUGACAGGUAAUGUGUGGGAGACGUUGCACAUGGACAGCAAGAAUGUUCCGAAGCCCAGAUACGGCCACUCAGCAGUGCUUUUUGGCGACAAGAUCUACAUGUACGGGGGCGUGCUGGAGAGCGAGGCGGUGACCGGCGAGCUGUGGGCCCUGGACCUCAGCUCCAAGGACUGGGAGAACGUCAAGGUGCGGUCGGAGCCGUGCAACACCACGGGCGGGAACGGCACCUUGCUGUGUGGACCGCUGAAGCUGGCGGGGCACACGGCGACCGUGAUCACGAACCAGGCCAGGAAGCCGGAGCGCAUGAUAGUGAUCUUCGGCCACUCCCCCCAGUACGGCUACCUCAACAUCGUGCAGGAGUACGAAUUCGGAACGCGGGAGUGGAAGGUGGCGGCCACCCAGGGCUACCCGGUGAAGGGGGGCUACGGGCACAGCAGCGCCUGGGACCCGCUCAGCCAGAAGAUCUACGUGUACGGAGGGUACGUCUCCGACGGCACCACGUCUUCCGUGCUCAGCAAUAAGCUGUACACGUACGAGCCCAACACCAGGAUGUGGACUCUGGUGAUGGCGGCCCCCUCGGCGAGGUUCCUGCACACGGCCUCCUUCGUCACGCCGGGCCUCAUGCUGGUGUUCGGGGGCAACACGCACAACGACACGGCGCACAGCCAGGGCGCCAAGUGCUACUCGGCCGACAUGCACGCCUACGACCUGCUGUGCGACGCCUGGGUGCCGGUCUCCGCGCCCGGGUACCUGCGCUCGGACCUCGCCCGCUUCGGCCACUCCGCCGCCGUCUUCAACUCCUCUCUCUACCUGUUCGGCGGCUUCGACGGCCAGAUGCUCGCCGACAUGCUCAGGUACACGCCUGGGCGCUGCGACCACCUGAAGACCAAGUCGUCCUGCCUGAACUCGAGGUUCGGAAUCAAGUGCGUGUGGGACAGCAAGGAGUCGCGCUGCCUGCCGGUGGCGGACGUGCCCCACGUGUUCCAGAUGUCCGUCGGCGACGCCCACGUCGACACCGAGGGAGUCGAGAUGUUCAGCUGGUGCCCGGACGAGAGCCGCUCCUCGGGACUGCUCAGCAAGGAGCUGUGCCUGGCGCAGUCGAGCUGCGUGGCGUGCGUGCACACGUCCCACCAGUGCGUGUGGUGCGGCAGCGGCGUGUGCAGCCACAAGAAGUGCCGUGGCGUCGGCGCGCCCGUCCACUCCGCCUCGCCCGGCUCCGUCCGGGUGGACUUCUCUCAGCAGCAGCAGUGCGAGGCGAGCGACGGCUCCGUCUGCCCGCUGUUCAGCAGUUGCCAGGCCUGCAGCGUGCACCACCAGUGCCACUGGGACGGCUACAAGAGCCGCUGCAAGGCCGUCGGCAACGCCACCGCGGGCGAGGCUCAGGACCCGGUCCCGUGCAUCGGGCCGACUGCGUGCGCGGAGCUGACCUCCUGCAUCAACUGCACCAACGAGGAGUGCAUCUGGUGCCAGAACGAGGGCCGCUGCGUCGACAAGAACGCCUACACGGCCUCGUUCCCGUACGGCCAGUGCCGCGAGUGGACCACGCAGAAGAGCCACUGCCGCACCGCCGGCCCAGGCAAGUCAGUGUGCAACUUCUACCCGACGUGCGCGGAGUGCCGCACGGACCCGGCGUGUGGCUGGUGCGACGACGGCUCCGGCACGGGCCUGGGCACCUGCCUCCCGGGGGGCAACCACGGCCCCUACGGACCCGAGUUCUCCUGCUCGCUGGACCACUGGUACUUCACGCAGUGCCCCGCCUGCCAGUGCAACGGCCACAGCACGUGCGCCAACGACUCGAGCCUGUGCAACCAGCCGUGCGCCAACCUGACCCACGGCCCGCACUGCCAGCACUGCGUCGUCGGCUACUACGGCAACCCCGUCAACGGCGGGAAGUGCCACCUGUGCGAGUGUAACGAUCAAGGGAUGGAGUGCCACUCGGAGACAGGCAAGUGUUUCUGCACCACCAAAGGCAUCACAGGAGACCACUGCGAGCGAUGUGACACUCAGAACCACUACCACGGCGACCCGACCAAUCACGGCUCCUGUUUCUAUGACCUGACGAUAGAUUACCAGUUUACCUUCAACCUCUCCAAGAAAGAAGAUAGGCACUACACGCAAAUAAACUUCAAAAAUAGCCCACCGAAGCCCGAUGUAGAUGCCGACUUCUCCAUAACCUGUUCAGUUAUGGCUAAGAUGAACAUCACACUUAAGACACCGAACAGCCCCGAGAAGCCCCUGCUCAUGGACCACAACUGCACCUCGUUCCGCUCGCGCUUCAGCAAGACGGAGCACAUAUUCGGGGUGGAGGACAACAUGACCCUCACCACCUUCUACGUGUACGUGUACGACUUCCGCCCGCCCCUGUGGAUCCAGAUCUCGUUCUCGCAGUACCCCAAGCUCAACCUCCAGCAGUUCUUCAUCACCUUCUCCACGUGCUUUCUGCUGCUGCUGUUGGUGGCCGCCAUUCUGUGGAAGAUCAAGCAGAAGUACGACAUGUACAGGAGAAGGCAGAGGCUGUUCGUGGAGAUGGAGCAGAUGGCCAGCCGCCCCUUCUCGCAGGUGCUGGUGGAGGUGGAGCGGCGGGACCGGCUCCAGGCCAACGGAGACGCCCUCGGCCCCCUGCACAAGAGGAAGAAAGACUCCCCCAGCCCGAUAGCGCUGGAGCCGUGCUGCGGCAACCGGGCGGCUGUGCUGUCGCUGCUGGUGCGCCUGCCCACGGGAGGGGAGGCGUUCACUCCGCCCGGCCAGUCCGCGGGACUGGCCAUAGCCUCGGCGCUGGUGACCCUGGGCAACCCGCGCAAGGUGAGCAUCGACCCCGCGUGCAAGACGGACGCAAAGUGCAAGUCGCGCAAGACCCUGUCCAGCCAGCACCCGGACAGCUGCAUAUAGCAGUCGUAGGCGGCCGGCCAGCCGCGUCGCCUUCACGUUCCCCUGCCGGUGCAUUCCUUGUCCCCCCCGCCCUGCUAUGAUGAUAUUAUUCCCGGCCCCACCCGGCGUGUAGUUCUCGCUGCGUGUGCGGUGCAGUCGGCGACGGAACGCUCGUGAACGGACGAAGCCCGCAGCGCCGACCGGGAACACAAAUGGUUUGAACGCCUAUCGUGACCUCGUUCGUUUUGUCGACCGUCAGCUCAUUAGCUUCAUUCUUCCACUCAUUAUUUAUGUGAUAGGUGCGUGAAUUCUUUAUCGGACACCAAGAGAGAAAAGAGGAAGAGAGAGAGAGAGAGAGAUAGAGAUGUUUUCUUAUGUCUGUUUUUAUAUACUCACGUUUAAAUUGUAGUUUUCUCAUUUAUGUCCCAAGUAACAUGGAAUCUGCAAUAUGUAUUGUAAGAAUAAUUUGGUGCUAUGAGGAACUGGAUUAAGCAAUCAAAUGGUAAUUCUUGAAGGAAAACUUUUUAAACAAUUUUGGAAAGACUUGCCAGGGAAAUAGAAUUUGGACAUUUUAAAGUAAUUUUAGGUGUAUACUGUUAUAACUGUAGUCUAUUGCAAUAUACUACCAUAGGCUAUUAGGCAAGAGAUACAAGUUUCUCUCUAAACAAAUGGCUUACUGUAUUGGGUUAGGAAGAACUGUAAUAGACCAUGUGUACCUCACGUAUCGGUGAGUCGUCUUCAGCUUGUCAUCUAGUCGUUCCCCAAUCGAGUCUGUGAAUGGGCGUUUCCUUUUAUACUGCUGUUUGUGGAUGAUCUUAUCAAGGAUUCGGAAAUUAUUCUCUGUGUGCGGGUUGCAAUUCUCUGACGUACCUUAGGUUACAGCUACUUAAAAAAAAAAUGCAUCACAAAAUUUUUUGUGCAUUGUCUUGUAACUGUCACGUGAUUGGCCAUUAGAUACCUUAGCAUCAUUGCACGUGUUUCUGUUAUGUGAUGUUUGUUUUUGAAGAAUAGUUUCUCUUUUUUUUUAUGCAGAUAAUUUUUGUAUGUCUCUUAACAUACAUAAAAUUAUUGAAUUUAAAUAAGUAAAACUUAAAAUUCCUUGCACUUAGUAAAAUGUGUAGUUUGACUGAUUGGCAGAUUAAUUUGAAUUGCAAUCCAAGUGUCAUACUUGUGUUUGGGUUCUGAAUUGCAAUGUAUUUUUGUUUCAGCAUGCAUAAAAAUGCCUUAAUUAUUUUUUGUCCAUUAGCGUGGUUGGAUUAACAAGUGCUUGUACGUUGAUACAACUACAUGGUUAAAAUGUUAUCUCAGGCCUUCUUUUAGUCUGUCAGUUUUCCUUGCACCCUUAAAAUGCAAAAAAAAAAAAAAAUUCAACAGAUGGUUGGAAAAUUGUAUUUCGUUAAAUGUUCUUCAAGGAGAAUAGUAAAUACCAUUGUAUUACAGAAUAUAGUUCAGGCAAUAAAUGAGGCAAGGCACUAAAGCCAACACAGAACCACUUUCUGUGGCGUAUGCUGUUUUUCUCUACACUGGUCAAAACUUUGAGUGAUAUUUUGUUUAGUCUUGGUUCUCCCCCAAGAGCGUUGUAGGCAAGAGAAGAGGUGUGGGUAGCUCUUCCUUCAUGGCAGUCCCUUGCAGUUGGGAAAAGGGAAGGGGCAGUCUCCCAAAGUUGCAUUAUUUGUGUAAUCUUGGAAGUUAUGAAACUAUUUCUUUUUAUUUUGUUCGGACAUCAAGAAUUUGAAAUUUUCUUUCCAGUAAAAAGACAUGUUAAGAUUUUAUUUUAAUAACUCAACAGAAAUAUUUUCUAAACACAACAAACUUAACACAAUAAUUUUUUUUUUAGUCUGUGGGUAUACGAUUCACGUAAGUUUAAGUGGUUCUUUUUUUUCCAAUGUAGGAAUUAUGCAGGAAGUGGGUCAAGCCCUACUAGUUUGGCUUCAUUCGCAGCUCUUUACCAUACAUAAAACAUAUUUCAGAUUUCAAAUUUAAAAAUAUUUAACUUUUGUAGUUUAAAAUAGUUGACAUCAGCAAUAUACAGCCACUGGUUUUAUUGCCAUGUAUAACUACUGCCAUCUUCAGGUGACGGGCGGUUGUGUUUCAAGUUAUUCAACGGUUUCCGCAGUUGGCGUGGUCUGCUUCUCUUGCGGUCCCUGGUCGAAUUGCUCCUGCGUGCCAGAUGUUUCCGUUCCAUCACUUGUUCUCCCCCAUUAACAGACUGUCGGAUAGUGUUUGGUCUGCCCCCACGAACUGCUCAGCGAGCAAUACUCGUGUGCACCCUACCUCGGACUAAGUCACACAGAAGUAUUCAUCUCAACCAGUGUGAUGUUAUACCAGUUUAGUCAUUCAAACAUUCCAAAAAAAGAAAAUACCCUCAGAAUGGAAACAUGCUAAACAAAAGUUGUAAAGGUUAGGGUCCUAUUGCAGACGUCUUCCCAUGGAUCACCAUUUUUUUUUUUUUUUUUUUUUUUUAAAGGUUGCAUACGUUGUUGGAAGUUUACGCUAAACCAUUGUUUUUUUUUAAUUUCGUGACAAAAAGAAAUAAGCAAGUUAAUGCAGACCUAUCCACUGAAAGUAUGGCACUGACUGCAUUUCUUUUGAUUCUCGAUUGUAAGUUAGCAUUUUUUGUUGUGCAAGGAUUCUAAGAAACAAACAGCAGAAAUAUUCUUGAGGAUUGUUUGUUUAUUUAUUACAAACUAUGAUUUGUAUUAGCAAUACUGUAUUUCAGAAACCAGGAAAUUAUGCUGUUAUUGAGUCAUAAUUAAGACUGUGCUCUUUCAGAAUUUGCGAACUGUCACUCAUGCAUUUAUGUAAAUAAUCUUGAGUGCUGUGGAACGCUUAAAAAAUUGUAACUACUGUUCAUAGCAGUUUUCUGUUUAGUUAUUUUGUGUAAAAUAUAUUUUCAAAAUGUGAAACUGGUAUUAAUUUUUAAACCUUAGCAUAAAAUUGGGUGUGACAGGUCUUGAAGUGCAGUGUGAAAUGGUGACUGUUUUUAAUCAGUGGCAUUUUAUAUUUAUUUGUUAUGAAUUUGUUAUUUUUAUUUACGUUAGUGUAACAAUUAUUUUAUGAGUGUAACCAAAAGUCUGAAAAUAUUUUGUACAUUAAUGGUAGAUCUGGUCAAGUAAUGUACAUGGUACCAUCAUCACAAAGUUUCACUAUUAAGAUUUUCAAUUUAAAAAAAAAAAAUUCACUAGUAUUUAGCAAGUGCAAUUAAUAUCUUACUUUUUUUUUGUGAUACUUACAGUAUUUAAAAAAAAUUUUAAUACAUGGUUGAUUAUUGAGAUGAUAUUUAUGUAUUUUGUUGUGAUAUUUAUGCAAAGAGUCCUGCCUGGUUUACUCUAGAGUUUGUCAGUUUUUUUUUCAAAGGAAACAACAAAUAAAUGGCAGACUGUCA